AUGGCGAGCCGGAUAUGGCAGUACCUGCUUUUCUCGGAUCUUGCCUCUCCGGUUCGUGGCCUGCCCCGUCUGCCACCCGGCUACUUGGGGUCGUAUCCCAAAUUCGCAGAGUUGGGCCUCUCGACGGUGAGCCAUUCGGAUCCCUUCAUCAGGGUGAAGAGCGCGGAGCUCUGCGUUCGUUUGGCCUACCAGCCGAAUCUACCACUAAAAUGGAGGGCAGACCUUAUCUUUGUAUCAAAUAAGGCCUCGGAGCACUGGUCCCACAUGGUUUGUGCAUUGUCUCCCUUUUGCCAUUUGUUUCUCUCCAACCUAACUUCACACAAAAAUCAACAUUCAACCUCAUAUUAA